UAUGGCUCAAGUAGGUCCUGAGAUAUGGAUUUUUACCGAAAUGUGGGCAGUGCCACGUCCAUCGUUCAACCUUCAAGGAUCAUAGAAAGACCUCUUGUAUCAUCCUUGGUAUAAAAUUUAACGUCUUUGACGUAUUUAGUAGUUUUUAAGGAAACAAUUAUAUGUGAAGAGAGCGGGGUUAUCAGCAGAUCUCAACCGGACGAAUGGACAGACAGAUACUCACUCGGAUUUUAACUCGUCUCAUCACUCUGAUAAUUUAUAUAUACAUAACCCUAUAUCUAAUUCGUUUAUUUUUAGGUGCCACAAACAACCGUUAGGUGAACAAAACUAGUAUACUCAGUAGCAACAUGUUGCAAGAGUAUAAGAAUAUUACGCUGUGUGAGAUGAGGCAACGUGCAAUCGAUUACUUGAUUGCGCAUUGUGCAAGGCACCUAACAAUUAUAAAAUACAUAUUUGAUUAAAAGGGCGUUUCAUUAGUCUUUCGGAGCUAAUUAAAGGAAAAACUUUUUAGCCAAGUUUUUUUUUAAUAGACAGUUCAAAUAAUUAUGUAUAUGGACUCAUACCCAAAAAAUGCUUUGCACUAUUUUACAAUGCACGUAAGUUUCAUUAAUUUAGGUAAAAUAUUAAUUUCGGCCAAAGAAAAUCCACUUCUCACUAUCUUAAAAGCGUACUUAGUGCGAUAGGCUCACCACAAAUCAAAUAUAAAGGACACGCGAAGGAUUUUUCACACACACAAAGUGCGAGCCAAUCAGCAGAGUCGGUUAUUAGAGAGUUGCUCUCGCAGUACCGGAAGAACUGCCCCAAAAUAAAAUAACUAGUGCUUAUAACGGAGGCAAAAACAACAACAAAAUCAAAAAUAAAAAGGCAAAGGCAGCCAACCGCGAUAGAGGAAAACAAAAUGGAGUUUGACAACAUAAACGGCGCACGACGCGUCAUUAAAGUUUUACAAUACAUGGGCCUCUGGCGUUUCGAUGCCUCGUGGCAAACGUACUACGCCGCAUAUUCCUAUAUUUUACACUUCUCAUUCACCUUUCCGUACACGGUGAUGAUGUGGGUGGACGUAGUGCAGGCCUCCGACUUGGAAAAGUUCUCCUACAUUAUGUACAUGUCACUAACGGAGCUGGCAUUGUUGGCCAAGGUCACUAAUGUUUGGAUAAAUUCGAAAAUAUUUGUGCACUUCUUCCAUGUAUUGGCCAAUGAUGAGGUGUACAGACUGCGUUCAGAGGAGGAAUGUACACUUUGGUCCAAGGUACAUAAAUAUUAUCGUUUCAUUGCUUUUAUGUAUUUCGCAAUGAGCAUAACGCUGGUGACAAUCGCAUUUGUUGGUGUGCUCUUUUCGGCGGAAUACGAACUGCCCUUUCCUUAUGCGCCGCCAUUCGAGUGGCGUAAUGAGCACGGCUAUUGGUAUGCAUACUUUUAUGAGUUGGUGGCCAUGCCGGUGACAUGUUUCUCCAAUUGUGGAUUCGAUAUGAUCCAGUGCUAUAUGCUUUUGCAUUUGUCGUUGUGUUAUCAAAUGAUUGCAGGACGCUUGCAGGAAAUGGGAAAGUGGAAGGGACAGUCAGGUCGCUUAAGCGGUUUCAGUGAGGUGCGAUUAUUGCAUGAAUUUGUCAGCUUGGUCAAAUUACAUAGAAGUACAAAGAAACUCUCGGCGGACUGCGAGACAUUUGUUUCAUUCCCAUUUCUUAUACAGAUAAUGUGCUCCUCAUUUGUGCUCUGUUUUAGUGCAUACCGGUUGCAGCAGGUCAGCAUUUCCGAGAACCCCUCACAAUUUUGUACAUUAAUUUUGGCUGUGAUUGUUAUGAUCUUACAAAUUUUCGUACCCUGCUAUUGUGGUAACGAAAUUAUAUUGCGUUCUGGUGCGCUGAAUAAUGCCAUUUAUAAUGCCGAUUGGAUACAGUGUUCACCAAAAAUGCGCAAAUAUUUGAUAAUUUAUAUGGAAAUGCUGAAGGUGCCGGUGAAAGUGCGGGCAGGGAACUUUUUCGAAAUUGGACUGCCGGUUUUUGUGAAGACAAUGAAUAAUACGUACAGCUUAAUGGCACUGCUGCUUAAUAUGAAUAAAUAAAAUGUGAGGGAAACGAUUUGAUUGCAAUCGCUUGAAGAAAGGAUUUGAAUAGUGAUUUUUGGGUCUGAGAUUAUUUUCAACUUAAACAAAUACAAAUUUCAGAGAUAAACCUUAAACAACAUAAAUUUCAAAAAUAAAAUUUUUUGAUCCGCACGAGUUGCCAAAAUUGUUGUCAAACAAAUACACAAAUAAAAUUAUUGCCACACGAAAGCCUUAUUUAUGGCGUUUCAAACCAAAACACUUCCACACAUUUAAUUAGCUUAUAAGAGGUAAAGAGAGUUUUUUUUUAAACACACGCACACCACUUGAGAGCAUUGAGUAGAUAGUGCGGAAGCAUUAGCUGUUUACUAAAAAAUAGAGAACAUAUACCCAAAAUAGUAAAAAAAAAACCAUAGAAAAGACACACGAGGUAUGACAAAAAAAAAAUGACAACAAAAAAUGAUCAUUGAAAAAAAAAACAAGUAAAUCUGGUAAAUCAAUGAAAGCAACCAAGUGAUGGUAUGAAGUCAUCAGCUAUUUAGUACUAUGUAGCAUUGAAAAAUUAUUGGUGGACAAUCAAAGAAAGUGCACGAAAUAAAAUAAAGUACACAGACGUAAAUGUAUUUAUAUGAAUUUUCUUAAAAAUAAAAAAAAGA